CUAAUCACGUGAUCACAUUCAGUAGUGGCGGGCCCGGGAGACGAGACAGAUCAAGAUAAGAUGGCGAAGCCAUCGAUUUAUUUCUGCGGCAGCAUCCGUGGCGGUCGGGAGGACAGAGCGCUGUACCAGCGGAUUAUUCAGGAGCUGAAGCGCUACGGACCUGUAUUAACCGAGCACAUAGGGCUUCCGGAGAUCACCGAUGCCGGGGAGGAUGCCACAGAGGGGGGAGACAAAUUCAUCCACGACAGAGAUGUUGAGUGGCUUCAGCGGGCAGAUGUGGUAGUAGCAGAAGUGACACAACCAUCCCUUGGUGUGGGAUAUGAAAUCGGCAGGGCUGUGGCAAUGAACAAGAAGAUCCUCUGCCUGUUCAGACCAUCCUGCGGACGAGUCCUCUCUGCGAUGAUUCGAGGAGCACAGAAUGGACGCUCCAUGCUGGUCAGAGACUACGAGCCGCAGGAAGUGAAUGUCAUUCUGUCAGAGUACUUCACAGUCACCUUCCCCUCAUUGUGACAUGGCACAUACACAUGUAAUAAAGGUUUUAUAGGCCCCUCAAAA